AUGUGGCUCAACUUUCACAGAGUCACUCUUCACCACUCUGGUUUCAAUAGCCUAGAGAUAUGUGCGCUCAUUGCUCUCUGUCUUGCAACGAGCUUACUGUUCCGCACAACAUAUCGCCUCUUCUUCCAUCCACUGAGAAAAUUCCCUGGUCCAAAGCUGGCGGCUGUCUCGCAUUUAUAUGAAUUCUAUUACGAUGUGAUCAAAGGUGGCAUGUAUGUCGAAAAGAUUAAUCGAUUACACGAAGAAUAUGGCCCCAUCAUACGGAUAAAUCCACGCGAGCUUCAUGUCAAAGACCCCCAUUACUAUGACCAUAUCUAUGCUGGAGCUCCGCAUAAGAGGGACAAGGAUCCCGCCCAUACGGCCAUUUUCACAACUUUCAAUCCAAUGGUUGCUACGAGUAAACAUGCGCAUCAUCGUCUGCGCCGCAGCUUCCUGAAUAAUUUUUUUUCUCGGCGUCAUGUCAUGAGAAUGGAACCGGCGAUCCAAACAGAGGUAAACAAUUUGGUCGCCCGGCUUAGGUCGACUUGCAACACUGGCAGUGUUCUCGAACUCAAUCGCAUUCUUUCUGCAUUUAGUGCUGAUGUAGUCACAUCUUGCUGCUUUGGACGCAGUCAUGGUUAUCUCAAGCAAGAAAUAUUUGAGAACCAGAUGAUUGAUGCCGUGUGUUGGGUCAUGUCUAUGUGUCACAUAAAUAGAUUUAUGCCGUGGGUCAUCAAGAUUCUCAACUCUAUACCGCAAGAGAUUCUACAAUUCAUGGAUGUCUCCAUGGCUGAUGUGAUUGCAGUGCGAGAUAUGAUCCGACAACAGGCCCUCCGCUCUCUUGAAAAGCAACCGAUUGUUGUUGAUACUGAUACCGAGCUCGCUGCUGUCAGAACGGUCUUUGAUGCCCUGGCUGGUGCAGAUGUACCGGAAAAUGAAAAGUCUCUUAUUCGUCUAGAAGAGGAGGCAGCAGCUAUAUUUGGUGCUGGCACAGAGACUGUGUCCCGGGCACUAUCAGUCGGCUUAUUUCAUUUACUACACGAGAGGAGCAUUAUGCAGGAGCUUCAGCUAGAGCUUGAGUCACUUGCAGAGGCGAAAACAAACCCACCAACUUACACGCAACUUGCACAAUUACCAUAUCUUACUGGCAUCGUGAAUGAAUCCCUUCGUUUCUCAAUGGGGAUAGCGAGUCGAACGCCCAGAAUAUCACCUACCACCCCCAUGCUAUACAAUGGCUACGUUAUACCUCCAGGGACCCCGGUCAGCCAAUAUGCAUACUUCGUCCACAUGGAUCCGACGGUUUUCCCGGAUCCAGAAUGUUUUAACCCUGAGCGAUGGGUUAAAGCCUCCGAUAACGGUGAAUAUUUGGGUCGCUACCUUGUCAGUUUCAACAAAGGCAGCCGGCAAUGCAUAGGAAUGCACCUUGCGUAUGCAGAGAUCUACCUCGCCUUGGCAGCUAUCAUCCGUUCUAUCAAUAUGACCAUGAUAGAUACUACAUUGGAAGAUAUUCUUAUGGUUCGAGACUUAGGCCAUCCUGCCCCACGAAGUGGGACAUUUGGUGUUAGAGUUAUGGUGACGGGUUUGAAAUGA